GACGGAGACCGAGUCAGGCAGCAUGGUCGAGGACAUCGAGACGCUGGAGUACGCGAACUCGACCGAGGAGGUGUUCCUGCUGACCGUCGGCAAGGGCAUCAGUGACGGAGGCGCGACGCGCCCCGUCAUGGGUGACGAGGUCCGGGCGCAGUGGGAGGAGCUGCUGCGAGUGAAGCAGUUGCUGCACGAGGCCAAGUAUGACAAGAGCGACCGACAGUUCAGGUUCGGAGACGGGAAGACGCUGGAGGCUAAGAAGGCAAUGGCGUUGACGGUGUGGCCGUUCGGCGUCAAGAAGCAGGUCGCCAUCCACCUCGUCGAGGGGUGGGCGCCGCUGCUCAUCGCCAGGCCCUGCAUGGAGGAGUGGGGUCUCAUCCAGGAAUUUCCGGCAGGUACGUUCAUGAUGAAGGAUCUCCCCGACAAGGGUUGGAUGAAGUCCGAGCGUGACGAGAAAGGCCACUUCAUCAUCGACCGGCUGGGCAGCGCCGGGAAGGAAGCGGACGACGCCAUGAACGAGGGCGCUCCCACGGACGGCGAGGAAAGCAGCGACGAUUCGACGGACAAGGACUCGGAGGGGAGCUCGGUGAAGGCCAAGACCGACGAGAGCAGCGACUCGUCGGUGCCAGACGCCGACGCCUACUACCUCGAGACCGUCACGGAGUUUUACGACAUCGGCAGCGACGACGAGGCGCUGUCGACCGAGGAGCUCGCGGAGGCAGGGCCCACCGACAUGGAUGCGGACACCUACUCGGACUUGACCUUGGCCCUGGAGCAAGCGGAGACCGACAUGAAGGAUACGCUCAGAGGACCCCGCAAGCGCGUGGUCUGGGAGGUCUUUGUGGACAAAGGGGAUUUGUCGGAGGAACUGCUGGAGUUCCCACAGGUCAAGGUGGUCCGGUUCAGGAUCUGGCGCUCUUGGCAGUAUGUCUACGAGAAGCUCUCGGAGGAGCACGCGAAGGAGAUCAACCUCACCAUACAGCGAGAGGAGAGGACGUUUCUCAAGAUGGUUCGGGAUUCGUUCGCGAGGCAGCAGAAUGGUGGACGUCAUGCGUAUGCAGGAAGCCCGUGGCAAGGGCUACACUGGCACACCAAGACCUGGCAGAAGCUACCUGGAUACCACUGCCGGUUCGACCAGUGCAGGCUGGGCGCGAAGUUCGAGAUCAAGGACGAGCUCAUGCCGUACCAGAAGCCUACGCGACCCCAGUCCACGAACAAGGAGUUCAUACACCACAUGAGCACGCUGUGCCGCUGCACCGAGGAGCACGUGGUCUUGCACGGCAAGCUUGCCCAGCAGGCUCAGAAUUACCCGAGACCGAUGGCGCGAAGGAUGGCCUACCUGAUCGCCUACCAGGGCAUGGCCGACGACAUUGAGGAUAUCAACACCGCCGAGGAGGUCUACAAGGAUGUCGACGCCAUCGAGUACACGGACGUAAUGCAAGAGCUGCUGAAGCGUUUCAACGGGUCGACGAUCAGGGCGGUCAAGCGCGCUCAUAUCAGCCUGGGCCACCCCUCCAACGCGGCGCUGGCAACCGCCAUGAAGCACGCGAAGGCCCCUGCAGAGUGGAUUCAGUGCGCCAAGCUCUUCCAGUGUGAAGUUUGCCUGAGCAGGCAGCGACCUCGAUCAGUACGCGUGGCUGCACUACCAAAAGCUAAAAAGUCCAACGAGGUCGUGAACACCGACGUCUACUACGUCACCUGGAAGAACAUGGAGCGGGAGAUCUUGGCUCUGAUGGACGAGUUCACGCGCUACGAAGUGGACUACCCGAUCGCGAAGGAGACUUUCAAGAAGGAGGUGAAGCUGUUUCAGAAGCUGUGGAUCAGCUGGGCCGGCAAGCCCGACACCAUGAGGAGGGAGCAGCUCAGCAAGUGCCACCUGCAGUUUCCCGACGACUCGCACAAGACCGCGCUCAGGAUGACCGCCAGCCAGCGGAGCACCGCGACGCUGAUGCUGGGCACGCAGCCCAAGGUACCUGGCGCUCUGUGCGACGAGGACUUCGGCCUGGCGGAGCAGGCCGCGCUGGUCGACCCCAAGAGCGAAGUGCACGAGAUGAUGGUCAGGCCGACGCGCCGCGAGUACCAGAUCGGCGAGUGGGUCUACUUCUGGCGACCCGAGAUGUCGACGGGCCUGGAGAAGUGCCAUUGGCAUGGCCCGGCGCUGGUGGUGGCGGUGGAGUCGAAGGUCAACGAGGACGACGCGAUGCGCACGUCGGUGGUGUGGGUCACGCACGGGCGCACGAUCUACCGCUGCACGGCGCAGCAGCUCCGCCCCGAGCUGACGAGCGAGACCCGGGAACGAGAAGGGCGACGCGAGGAUCCCGACAGCCCGCCCAGCACCAUCGAGAAGCUGAGGAGGGCGCUCAGGCGGACCAAGGGGACCUGCAGCUUCAGUGACCUCGCCGAGGGGGGCCAGCGGCCCCAGUACGACGACGCCCUGGACGACGUGGGCGCGCAGCAGCCCGGCGCCCAGGGACACCGCGAUGGAGAUCAAGAGCGGGAGCAGUUCUACGCGGCGAAGCUGGGAGCCCUCGAGGUGUUCAACAAGAACGACGGCUGGGGGCCCAUCGACGAGGCGGAGGUGGACCCAGCGGCGUGCUGUCCGCUACGCUUCCUGCCGAAGUGGAAGGUGAAGGACGGGCAGAGAGUGGCCAACGCGCGAGUGCUCUACCAGGGCCAGCUCGACAAGGAGGCGCCCGCUUUGAGCAGGCUUGGCCGGCACGCGGUCAUGCUCUGGGCGGCCUCGAGGAAGUGGAGGUUGUUCGCUGCGGAUGUGAAGUCUGCGUUCUUGCAGGCCGAGGACGUCAGCGCUCACGGCAUCAAGCUGUGCGCGAGCCCGACGAAGGAGAUGAGGGAAAUGCUUGCGCACCAGAUCGGCUUGCAGCCAAGACAGUUGCUCAAUAUGAUCAAGCCGUGCCUUGGGGACCCGCGGUCGCCCAAGCUCCGGCGCCACCGCUCCGACGAAGUCACGAAGGAGAUCGGGUUCAAGAACCGCUGGCUCGAGAAUUGCUCGCUGCUGCCCUUGCGGGCCGCGCGACCCUCGGACGACCCGUUCGACGCGCGCAGCUUCGACGGCCAGACGUUCGUGGUGGACGGGUUGAUCGGCAAGCACGCGGGCGACUUCAUCGGCUGCGGCGAGAACGUGAGUUGCGAGGAUGACCUGCACGCCAAGCUGGACGAUGCCGAAUGCAUCCAGGCGCGGCCGGGCACGCUCAAUGAGAAGUUCAAGUUUUGCAAGCGGGAGUUCGGGCCGAGCCUAGUCUUCACCGGCGGCGAGGUGGAGCAGUCCCUGAGCACCUACGCGGCCACCAUCAAGUUCGAGAAGUACCUGCACGUGGUGAAGCCCAUCACCGUGGAGAGGCACCGGCGGGCAGAUCCCACCAGUGCGCUGUCGCCAAAGGAGCUCACCAGUUUCAGGACCCUGAACGGCCAGCUGCAGUGGCCGGCUGCCCAGGGGGUUCUCAUCGCGGCGGCGACCGUAUCGUUCAGAGCCGCGGCAACUGGACACGCGACGGAUCUACGGCUCCUGAAGGCCAACGCGGACGUGGGGUUGUACUUCGGCUUCGACAAGCCGUGGAGUGAAUUGCGCGUUGGAGGCUACUCAGAUGCGAGCUGGGCUAGCCGACCUGACGGAAGUUCCCAGGGAAGCUAUCAGAUCUUCGUCGGACCCGAGGACGAGCUCAACGCCGGCACCCCGACGCCAUUCGUGGCCAUGGAGUGGGCCUCGAAGAAGCUGGUGCGGCUGUGCAGGAGCUCAUUGUCCGCCGAGGCGCAGGCCGCGGCGAUGGGAGCUGACUCGCUGAUGUGGGUGAAGGUCUUUUUGGCCCUGACUACGGCGGGAUUGGGCAUCGCGGAGAAGAGGACGGCCAUCGAGGUGAAUAUCGUGAACGAGCAGCUGGCGGAGGUCAACGCUAAGUGGAAAUGGGUGAACACCCAGCAGCAGAUGGCGGACGGGCUCACCAAGCUUUCGGCACGUCAGAUGAUGGCAGAUGUGUUGCGCCGUCACGCCUUGCGCUACGACCCCGACUUCGUGGCCGGCAAAAAGCUCACCAAGCGCGCGAUGGAGCAACGCGAGAAGGGGCUGGACCAGGCAGGAGAAGAGUUGCUCGACACCUUCGAGAAGGAGCCCGUGGCGAAGGCGAGGGCCAAGGCCAAGACGCGCCAUUGUGGCGCGAGUGGAGCUCGUUUGCCAGCUACGUUGGCGGCUACUGGAGCGACAGGCUCUGGAGCUGAGUUGGUGCAGUAUACGCCCAGCGGCGUCGAGCUGUUGAACCCACCGACCAACGACGACUGGAAUACUCUGCUGAUGAAGCUGGCCAUGUUCGGACUCAUGAUG